AUGCUCCAGCGGCCUGAUCAUACCCUUCUGCAGGAUCCAUCGUAUCCGAAAGACACAAGGCAGAAGCUGACGGAGAAUGGCCCAGCACAGGCGGCCAAGGAACUGUUUCCGGCGGAUGCUGCCGUCAUUGAUCCGCAGCUAAGCGAGGCUGUCUCGCUAGGCACAACGAUUCUCGCGGUCUCGUACAAGGGUGGUGUUGUGCUGGCCGCGGACUCGCGCACGUCGUCGGGCACAUAUGUCGUAAAUCGGGCCAGCAACAAGCUAACGAAGCUAACCAAGAAGAUUUACUGCUGCCGUAGUGGUUCUGCCGCAGAUACACAGGCGCUCGCUGAGCGCGUGUCAAACUACUUAGGUAGCUAUCAGACAGACGUUGGCACAGAAGUGAACGUUGCCACGGCAGCGAACCUGUUUCAUAAGAUGUGCUACAUGAACAGAUGGAACAUCUCUGCGGGUAUUAUUGUCGCGGGGUACGACCCCAUCAACGGCGGCUCAGUGUACAGCAUCCCAUCUGGGGGCUCGUGCGUGAAGCUUGACUACGCACUUGGCGGCAGCGGCUCUAUCUUUCUGUACUCUUUUUUUGAUGCCAACUACAAACCGGAUAUGUCGAAGAGCGAGUGCGUUGCCUUCUGCCAGCGCGCUGUCGCGCACGCGUUCAGCCGCGACGGCUCCAGCGGCGGUCUGAUCCGCACCAUCACCCUUGAUGCUGGCGAGCCAGAACACCAGACGAUCCCGUGGAACACCGCGCCCUACUGUAUGGAGAAGGACCCCAAAUAUCAGCAGCAGGCUGUGCUGCACCAAUCUCUCAGCAGCAGCGCAAAGGUUACUGGAAAUUGCAUGUCUUCUAUAUCGUGA